AUGGUGUGCCAUCCCUUUUUGGCGACACGUGAUCAAAAACGGUCAGGACAUCCCAAAGGCCAGGCAGAGGAGGAGGCGGCGGGCGGUGCCCCGGCAGGGCGGGUGGCUGCUCAUUCCGCCGCCGGUGCCGCAGAGCGCGCCACGCCCCGGCGGGGGCAGAGCCCGGGCUCCGGGCCGAGCCCGCCCCGCUCCCUUCUCGGCCGCUUUCACUUUCGUUUCCGUUUCCGUCACUUUCCCGGGCGGGGCUUCCCGGCCAUGGCGCUGGCGACCCAGGCGCUGCGGGUGCUGUGUGCUAGCGGCGGCUGCCUGGAGCAGGGCGAGCUGCGGCGGAGGCUGCCGGGCCAGCCCUCGGCCGAGCAGCUGGCGGCCGUGCUGCGGGACGCGCAGCGCUUCACGCUGGUGCGGCGGCCCGGCCAGGCGGCGGCGGCGGAGGCCGAGGUGGCCGUGGUGGUGGCCACCAGCCCUCUACGGCUGUGCCCGGAGCACGUCGCGGGCUGCCCGGGGCAGUGCGGGCGGCUGCACCUCUGCAAGUACCACCUGAAGGGCUUCUGCCGCAACCAGGUGGCCAGGAAGGGAUGCAGAUUUGUUCACGACUUCCACUCAGACCACAAUCUCCGUGUUCUAAAGCAAUAUGGACUUGAGAAUUUAAACCACGAUGAACUUUGCCAGCUUCUGCUUCAAAAUGACCCUUCCCUCUUACCAGAGGUCUGCAUGCAUUAUAACAAAGGUGAUGGACUUUAUGGAUCUUGUUCCUUUAAAACAUCCUGCAGCAAACUUCAUGUUUGCCAGUACUUUUUGAGGGGUCAGUGCAGAUUUGGCAGCAGCUGCAAACGGUCCCAUGACUUAUUAAAUCCAGAAUGUUUUGAGAAACUGGAGAGACAGGGCAUGAGCUCAGACAUUAUUAAGAAACUACCUGCCACUUAUAGAAACAUGUAUGACAUAAAAAAUGGCAACAGGAACAUGUAUGACAUAGAAGAUGCCAAGUCUUCACCAUGCAAAGAUAGAAAACCCAGCACUGGACAAGAUUCCUCAGCUACGAAGGACAAUGAAUCAGAACAGAUAUGUUUAUAUCAUCUGUACAGAAGCUGUGGCUUUAAAGAAAAGUGUAUCAGAACCCAUUUUCACUUGCCAUAUAGAUGGCAGUACUCUGAGGGUAAUACCUGGAAGGACUUCACAAAUAUGGAAGAAAUAGAAAAAGCAUAUUGUGACCCAAAAAACAUCAGAUUUGAUAAUGCACUUACUCACGAACGGGUCUUUUUCCCAUUCUGUGUCCGUUUUCACGAUAUGUGCUGUGGGUUGCAAAAAGUCAGACGUCUUUCUACAGCCUCCUCUGUGACCAAACCUCCUCACUUCAUUCUUACAACAGAAUGGAUCUGGUACUGGAAAGAUGAAUAUGACAAGUGGCAGGAGUAUGGAAAACAAGGUGAUAUUCAUGCAGCUGCUACUGUCUCCAGUGAUGACCUAGAGAAAGCUUAUUUGGCUGAAAGCUCUCCAAAGCUGACCUUCAAAGCUGGAAGACAUGAAUAUGAAAUAAAUUUUGUGUCCAUGGUGCAGAAAAAUAUACGCUACAGAACAGAGAGGAAGAUUUGCAGAAGACCUAAAUUUGUCUCUCAGGCAGAGGUGGAAAAGACAAGAGCCAGGGGUGUUAAACAUACGGAAGGGUUUAAGAACAUUCCAGCUCACUGGGACAAAUCUGCCCUGCCUGAACUGGGAUUCAAGCUGAUUGAGCUUGACUGUUCUUCUGAAGAAUACAAGAAAGUCAAAGUGGACUUUCAGCGCACAAUGCCCAGAGCAGCUAUUAAAAAGAUUUGUAGAGUUCAGAACCCAUCCCUCUGGGAGCUGUAUCAAUGGCAGAAGGACCUAAUGCAGAAGAGCAAUGGUGGAAAGGCUGCAGAUGAGCGAUUUUUAUUUCAUGGGACCAGUAAAAAAGACAUUGAGGCCAUCUGUCAGCAAAACUUUGACUGGAGAAUCUGCGGCCUUCAUGGGACAGUCUACGGAAAAGGAAGCUAUUUUGCAAGGGAUGCAUCUUAUUCUGACAACUACUGUGGGGCAGACUCCCACACCAAAACCAUGUUUCUGGCACGAGUGCUGGUCGGGGAGUUCACUCUUGGUAGUUCUGAUUACGUUCGGCCUCCCAUGAAGGACAGCCAAAACUUCUAUGACAGUUGUGUGAAUAACUUUUCCAACCCUUCUAUCUUUGUCAUCUUUGAGAAGCAGCAGAUUUAUCCAGAGUAUCUCAUAGAAUACCAGACAUCGGCAAGACUUCUAUAGCAGCAAAACCUGUCAUCCUUAUGUUUAACUGGUUUAAAUUGUUCUUUAGUUUUGGCUUAAGAGAGAAAAAAAUAUUUUGAAGAAGCUGUGUGGUCAGAUAGGUGGGUAUUUAGAAAUAUUUUUUCUGUCUUUUCUGUGCAAUAGAAAACAAGGCAUAAAAAGACACAGAGGAUGUUUUAGAAUUCCUAAAAUCCUGCUUCUGUAUCCUGUUUUUAGCAGCUUUCACAUUACCCUACAUUAUGAGAGCCUUUCAUAAAUGUAUUAGAAGAAAUUGCUGAUGGUUGUAGCGUGAGGAUUGGCCAUGACUGCCAAGUUUAAACAAUUUUUAGUUAUUGGUUUAGGUUAGAUUUUUUCACACGUGCUCAUUGGUUAGAGGCACUAUCCCUCUACCUGUUUAUCUUUUAACUCAAAACUGGAUAAAACAUGUUGUUUUAGUAAUCUGUCUCCCAUUACAGUAGACAUUCAGGUGUUUGCAAAUGUGAUUGUACAAUCUCUGUGCUCAACUCAUUCCAUAAAUUCUUAGAAGCACUCUUGUUCUUUGUCCCUACUUAAUCUGCACCAACAAAACCUCAAAAAUUAAAUUUGCUUGUUGAAAAAGAACAGAGACUUAUUUUCACUUGUUGAGUUUCUCAUUUAAAACAAGUACCAAAGAUACAAGCAUAAUAGGGGUUGCUUGGUGCUGUGUGACCUGGUUGUUAUACUCUAUCAAAUAAAUACUAUAUUCUAUGUCUGAGAACACAAGGUUCUCAUGACUUUCACUGUGCCUACAAACAAAAGAGUGCUGUGGAGGAAGCAGAGGAGGCAACUCACACUGUUAUUUAAUACCAUACUUAGGAGGGAAAUAUACUGCUUGUCCUGCUUGAUUAUCAGUACCUAGUUUCUGCGGGUGAACAUUAUGGUUCCCUUACAGCUGUUGGGAAGGAUGGUGAGUGACUGUCUCUCAUUAGGCAUUCUGCCUCUUUGGGUGCAGAAGAUUCACAGAUUUCUGUGUAAUCAAGCUAUCGUUGGACUUUUUUCAGGAAAAAUAUGCUUACCUAGGAAGUGGUAUUCAGCUACAGACCGGAAACCUUUAAAAUCUGAAGAUUAGGUUGAAUAUUUAAUUAUUCCCAUCAGAAGAAGAUAAUAGUGUUGAGCAGCCAGCUUACAUGUGUACAGUAAAAAAACUUGAGUUGUCAAAUAUUUUUUAAGAUUAAAGUUGCUGAUGCAUAGCUAGAUACAUUUUCGUAGGAUUAAUGUGAUAAAGUGACCAUGUUAGCUAUACUGUAUUGCAGAAGCCUUAAGAAAUACUUUCUAUAUGACCUAAAAAAGCUUAUCUUUAGCUGCAUUCUGUAUACUUCUUUUUAAUUCAUCUGGAUGAUGAUUGACAGAUGUCAGUCACUGGGUAACUUGAUUACUUCAGCACUGUGAGCCAGGAUCUUGGCCAUGAUGCGCUGGAGUAAGGCUGUGCACACCCCUUUUUAUGUGAACUGCAAAUCUAGCAGCAUGAUACCUUAAGAAAAAUAACUCCUAUUUGUGUUUAAUCCCAGUCAAACACAGGAUAGUGCAAGACAAAUUGACUGUAUUAUUUGUUUUGAAUUAUUUGUAAUAGAACAUAAAUGAUAAAUCUGUCAGCAAAUGAGUUUGUCAGCAAAUAGUACAUUCAUUGAGGAGGUAACAGUUAUGGAGGAAAGCUUUCCUAUCUGUGCAGAAUAAGAUUUUUCUGCCGAAACAAAAACCAUGUUCAUUUACAUAUUAAUGGCAAAUGAGAAUACUGGUCGUAUACAUUUCUUCCCCUGAACAUAACCAGAAUUUCAGGUAAGAACUAGGAUAGCUAAAGUCAUGUUAAUGUUCUGCCAGAAAAUUGCAAAAAGCAUUCUUUUUCAGGCAAAAAGUUGAAAUAUUUUUAUUGACUUUUUUUAUUGUAUUUUUAAAACUUCUAACUUGAUUCUUGGAGAGGAUGUGUGUAUGCUUGUGUGUUUGUUUGAGAGUAAGUAAAACAGUGAAUAAAAUGCCUGUUGUAAUAAUUUGUCAUCUGUUAUUUCUCCAUUAUCACAGUAAAAGUUGCCAUGUUUUCCACUUUUGAAACUGCAGGGGUAACUUUCUUGUGUAAAGUAAAUAAACAGGUACUGAAACCAGUAAA